CUUGUCUUGUGCGACUAUAGAUAGAUACACAAGAUUUAUGAAAAAAGAGGUAAAGGAGAAAGAGAGACAAGAAGAACAAGGUUUGGAAUUGCAAAUCGGAUCCCACACUGUCGGACCCACUUCUCCCUUUGUGCUAAAAAGCCUUUUUUCGAGGGGAAGUGGAGGAAGCAGUUUACGAAUCAUUGAGUUGAAAAUUUGUGAAGGGAUUCUUGCUUUUCUGUAAAUUAAGAGAGGGGACCUCAGUAGUUGCAAUUGCACGGCAUCAUUCUUGAAAAUCAUGCUAAGACAUCAGUAAAGCCAGCACCGUAUGCUAUAGGGAUAUAGAGACUGAGUUAUUACAAUGGGUGCUUGUGUAUCAUCACCGGCUAUGGCGAUCAAACCUCCAAAAACCAUUAAAGUGAGGAGGAAGCGCGGACACUCCAGAAAGCGACAUUUGAAUUCGGCCGUGGAGGGAAACAGAAGAAAGAGCGGCGAUAUAGGAGGUCAAGUGACGGAUUUUGCCGUCAGUGAGUUUGUUCACACGACUACUACCUGCAGAAGAUCUGCCGUUUCCAAUUCCACUUACCAUCUAACUCAGUUGCAAUGGCACCAUAGUCAAAUCGAAGCUAAUGGAAUUUACCAGGAAGAAUCGUGGUUUGACACCCUCAGCAUAUUAGAUUCCGACUCUGAUGAUGACUUUGAUGAUAGUGUACAUGAAGAUUACAUCCCAGUCGCAAAUGGGCAAGUGCUUCAGUAUGAAACUUCAUCAUGCUUUAUGGAUAGCAAGUGUAGUUUCCAGGAAUACCACGAAAAAUAUCUGAAAAUAGAUAAUAGCAAAGCAGAGUUGUUAUUGAGCAAAAGUGGAGUCAAGGAUUGUAGUGGAAUUACGUUAGUCGAUACCCAAAGAAAAGCACUUCCAGGUUUAGUGAAGGCUGACGACACUAUCGCCAAGACGGAAAGGAAAUUAGACCAGACCUAUUUAAGUUUUAACGGUGUGAAAGUUGAUACAAAUGAUUGCGAAGAAAAAACUUCAGAGAACUUAUUGAAAACCAUCUUACCCCAGUUGGUUCCUUCUGUAAGUUUCAACGACAAGAUCCACUCUACGACAAGUUCCGGUGCACAAAAUCAAAGGAAGACAUCAACUGUUGUCAGGCUCUCCAUCACAAGGAAAUCUAUUGAUGAACCAGACUUCAAUGAUUUUCGUUCGUCAACAAAGUACCUUUAUCGUCCUAGAGCCGGCCUACUGAUCCCAUGUUCAGUUGAUGGGAAGCCAACAUGUGGAACAUGGUCCGAGAUUAGUGCCGCUACCUUUAAGCUCCGUGGAGACAACUAUUUUAAAGACAAGAAGAAGAGUCCUGCCCCAGAUUUCUCUCCUUACACUCCAAUUGGCGUUGAUUUAUUUGCAUGUCCAAGAAAGAUUCACCACAUUGCACAACAUCUUGACCUACCUUCUGUAAAAGCAUCAGGAAACGUGCCUCCGCUGCUAAUUGUUAACAUUCAGCUGCCCACUUAUACACCUGCUAUGUUUCUUGGUGAUGGUGAUGGUGAGGGCCUGAGCCUUGUACUGUAUUUUAAACUCUCUGAGAAUUUUGAGAAAGAUAUAUCUCCCCACUUCCGGGAAACUAUUGAGAGAUUUAUUGAGGACAAUAUGGAAACUGUUAAAGGGUUCACCAAAGAUUCAACCAUUUCUUUCAGAGAAAGAUUAAAAAUUAUGGUUGGGGUCGUUAAUCCAGAGGACCUCGUCUCGACUGCUACUGAGAGAAAACUCCUCGUAGCAUACAAUGAAAAGCCAGUUCUUUCCCGCCCGCAGCACGAGUUUUAUAAGGGUCCCAAUUACUUUGAGAUCGAUCUUGACAUUCAUCGUUUUAGCUACAUAGCGAGAAAGGGACUUGAAGCAUUCCGAGAACGCUUGGCCAAUGGAAUACUCGAUCUUGGAUUGACAAUUCAGGCACAGAAGCAAGAAGAGCUACCAGAAAGAGUUCUCGGCUGUGUGAGACUGAACAAGAUUGAUUUUGUGAACCAUGGGCAAAUACCCAGAAUUGUCAGGCUGGAUGACGAUUGAUGCUAAUACAGACAGCACCGUCUGGUAUUUCCUCCAGGAAGUUCCGCCCGACUUUGUCGUCCCCUGUGCCGUGCUGCUCUUCGAGGUCGAGGCAAUCCCACAACCGUCUUGCAUCGAGCAGACAACGCGAAAUUUAAGUAAAACACUGUACCAUAAUGCAUUGCCAUUGGGCAAAUGUUAACAUGAAAAUGCUUAGGCACCGGAUGUAACAUGUUGUUGUAGCAACUCAUGGCGUGCUGUGUAAUUUCUUUUUUCUUUUUUUUUUUCAAUUUUAUAAACUACUGAUGUCAGUAGUAUUGUGGUAGGACAACUUGUAUCUUAUUCUUGCUACUUCAAAUAUAUUUAGUUUUCUUUUCUCUUUUAUGA